AUGCUGGUCAAGCUGAAAGCCCGGGGCCACCGCGUGCUCGUCUUCAGCCAGAUGACCAAGAUGCUCGACGUGCUCGGCGAGUACUGCGCCCUCCGCCAGUUCGCCUACGAGCGCCUCGACGGCGACACGGCCGCGCGCGACCGCGCGCGGCGCAUCGACCGCUUCAACGCCGCGGCGGCCGACCGCGCGUUCCUCUUCCUGUUGUCGACGCGCGCGGGCGGCCUCGGCGUGAACCUGGCGACGGCGAACACGGUGGUCAUCUACGACGCCGACUGGAACCCGCACAACGACCUCCAGGCUUUGGCGCGCGCGCACCGCCUCGGCCAGACGGACCGCGUCCUCGUCUACCGCCUCGUCUGCCGCGCGACCGUCGAGGAGCGCAUCCUCGAGGUCGCGAAGCGCAAGCUGCUCCUGGAGCACGUCGUCGUCGAGCGCGGCGGCGCCCGAGGCGGCCAGAGCCGCGACGACCUC